ACAUGCACAUGUCAUCUUCGCUAGGAAAUUACAAUUAUCCCGACAUUAAUUGGUCCAGUUCGGUGGGAGCCUCGCUUCGGCUGAUACAAUGUGUAACUAUGUGCCUGUUUUAAUUAUAGUUGUUUGGAACUUCGUGAUAACCAAGCAAGUGGUGGAUUUAACGCACGCCGAGGAUAUAAAAUUCGUAUAUCCCAGAGUUAAUGUGGAAGCUGUGCGCAGAAAAAGGGACAUUAUUGAGGAGCAAUCUGUGGAUGAUGGGAAAGUGAAGGUCGUCGAGAUUGGAGAUUGGGCGGUGGAACUCGGUCCCGAAAAUAAUCUAGUUGUAGCCGACGGAUUACAGACCGAAUGGAUCAAUUUGGGCGGCCGUGGAGAGUUGAAGGCGGUUGAAAGAUGCGAUUACCAUAAGGGGGCGGUGAAAGGACUGGAGAGCUUGUCUACGGCCGCUGUGACCCUUUGCGGAGACCUUAUGAGGGCAUAUGUUGGAAUUGGUGACGUGGCUUACUUUCUGGAGCCGUUCGAUGAAGCCACUGGGGAGCACGUGUUGUAUAAAAGCAGGAACAUCCAUACUAUCCUGAAACGCUCUCCAUCGGUCCUGCAACCUGCUACCGCUCAGUGGAUGUUCAAUCUCACCGGAGACACCAUAGAUAUCGACAGCGGCGAGGAGAAUAUUGAAUUUGAACACGUUUUCCAGGAAGAAACUGAUCCCUUCUUCGAAGCGGAGGACUCGAGAAGGGAGACCACUGAAGGCAAUUCAUCCACCGCAGGAAAUUCCGUCCCGUUUUACGUGGGAGGAUGGCACCGGGAACAAUUUGCGGACGACGAAGACGGUUAUUUUUAUGACACGGCUUGGUCCGCCAACGUGGUGCAAGCACGGAAAUCGACAGGCUCAAACCUGCCGCCACGUUGGAUGGAAAUCGCAGUUGCAGUAGACUAUACCCUAGUAGCUUUCCACGGCAAUGGUAAAGUGGAACAAUAUGUUCUGUCCCUGUUAAAUAUUGUAAGUGCGAUCUACCAAGAUCCGUCCUUGGGAUCCAACAUGAAACUCGUCGUCACAAAACUAAUGAUAUACGAUAAUCAAAAACAAAAUGUGAUCAGAAGAGGAAAUGCCAAGAGAUCCUUAGAAAAUGUCAACAUUUGGAACAGACGUCUGCAUGCUUCCUUGAAACCAGGAGAACCCCGGCACGAUGUUGCCAUUUGGUUGACCAGAUCUGACAUCGGGGGACCGUCCGGAUAUGCACCUGUAGGAGGAACCUGCGAUCCUAAGAGGAGCUGCGCUUUGAACCGGGACGAAGGAUUAACUAGCGCUUUCAUAAUUGCUCAUGAAACCGCCCAUAUCCUCGGUUUGAGCCACGACGGAGACAAGAAAAAUGGAAAUAAUUGUUCAGACGAAGCUCUAGAUGGAAGCGUUAUGGCCCCGAUGGUGUCUGCAACUUUUAAUAAGUUUUCCUGGUCAGAAUGUUCGAAGCGUGAGUUUGAGAAAUAUACCAGCAAAUGGACAUGCCUGCAGAAUCCCCCGACCGGGCCGGAUGAGAUUAUAUUAAAUGCCACCCUCCAAGCAUCUUUCACGAUGGACGAGCAGUGCAGAAUGGAGUUCGGGGACGGGUAUUUCAUGUGCAGAGCGUUCGAAAUAAUUGAACCUUGCUCUCAUUUGUGGUGCGGUCAUCAAAACACCCCGCUGGUUUGCAAAACCAAAAAAGGUCCUCCUCUGGAAGGAACGGAAUGCGGUUUUGGAAAAUGGUGUGUAAACGGAUACUGCGAGGAGUUCGCCAUCCGAAGGGUGGAGAGGGUGCCGAUCGUUCUCAAUCCUCAGGACGGAAGCUGGGGCGAAUGGACGCCCUGGGGAGCUUGUUCGCGGACUUGUGGAACAGGAGUUCAGUUCAGAUCCAGGGAAUGUAACGAUCCGCCACCCUCGUAUGGAGGCAAACCUUGCGAAGGCAAACCCGAGGAAUGGCGUAUUUGCAGGAAAACCGAUUGUCAGGAACCACUUGUUGACAUGAGGGCUCAGCAAUGCAAACAACUCCCUAAGCUUUUCGAUUUGGAUGGUAAACAAGAGAUGAACUUCACGUGGCUCCCAUAUGAGAGCGAUGAAAAUGCAAAGAAAUGCAAGUUCAUCUGUGUGAAUGCUGAAAGAAAGGAGUUGUACAUCAGCGAUGAAAAUCUGAUUGAUGGGACUCCAUGUUCUUACGAAAAUCAAGACAAUAUUUGUGUUCAGGGAGCGUGUCAGAUUGUGGGCUGCGACGCGAUUCUGCAUUCGACCCUAAGAAGAGAUAGAUGCGGAAUCUGUGGUGGAAAUAAUUCAGACUGUUUGGAGAUGAAGGUGUCUUUUGAUAGGAAACUGAGACGGGAAUCCAGCCGCGUUGCUAUCCUACCGAAAAUGUCCAGAGAGAUAAAAGUGGAAAUCAACGUAACUAUGUACCAUUCAGACAAUCCUGUCCUAGCAUUGAUACUGAAGAAUCGCAAGAAGAAAAAAUAUACUGUCACCAUACCGAACACUGUCGUGCAUACAAAAAUUUUGGAAGGAACGAAGUUUUCUUACAAGAAGUUCAACAACAAACACACCAUAUGGGCGAAAGGGCCGCUUUUCAAUGAGAUGGUCAUACUGGCGAUAGUACCAAAAAAGGAAAUCAGAGCAGGGAUUAAUAUUUCCUACAGUACGGAAUAUAGCAUUCAUAAGGAUCAUGUGGUACCUUCAAGACGGUUCGUGUGGAUACUCGGAGGAUGGGGGCCAUGCUCCACAAGCUGUGGAGGAGGCAGGCGUCAGAGAACAUCAGCCUGUUGGGAUGAAAAACUAGGAAAAAUCGUCAAAAGGUCAUACUGUUCAUUGAUGCAGAAACCUAAGCAAGAAACUCAAAAAUGCAAUGCUUUCGGUUGCACUUUUGAAUGGAUAUCAGGUGAAUGGGAACCAUGCAGCACAACUUGUGGUACCCUCGGAAUGCAGCACAGAGAGAUAUACUGUGUCCCGAAAUCAAUUGUCACCACAGUACUGCUCCAAUUCAAUGGGACCGUUACUAAUCCGUGGAGAUACAUGGUAAAUCCUAACAGAUGUUCCCGAUCAAAACCAUCUACAGUGAGACCUUGUAACAGAAAGCCUUGUUUCUCCUACUGGACAUUUGGCGAAUGGUCACAGUGUUCUGCAUCUUGUGGUAACGGAAUCCAGACGAGAUCCUCGCACUGCCCGCCUCCUGAAGACGAAACCUUCUUCACCUGCGGUCCAACGCCCCCUCCACAAAAGCGUUCCUGCUUUGGAAACUACACGAGAAGCUCCAACCAGCUUUGCAGAGGGAGAAGAAGAAAGAAGUGCCACAAAGACGAGUCGGAGUACUGCGCUUUCGAUCUCCUUCACAGAUUCUGCAAAGUGGGAGGGUUCAGGAGAGUCUGUUGUAAAUCCUGCAAUAGUAUUGUGGUUUCAGAAAAUGAUUCUGUCAGUAACUCUUUCGCAUUGUAAUAUAUCUAUUUGACUUAAUUAAAAUUUUACAAGAAAAA